AUGAACGGGUCGACGACCGUGACGUAUGACCUGGAAGCUGGGAUGGAGUGGAGGUUCGAGUUGGAACAGGGUGAAGCUAUAGCUGUGAGAGUGACGUCCGAGGAGCCGAUCUACAUCAAUUACCAGGAGAUACCGCCAAAUACUUGGUACCCGCUCUACGGCGACCUCAGAGCAGCAAUCUGGAGUCCCUCUCCCGGACAAAUAGAAGUCUCUUCGGCACCUUCAACAGCUUACACAUCCCUUUCAUCGACAUUUCCCUUCAUCCUCUCCGUACACCUCGCAUUAGAACGCAGAAGAAUACUAGCAAAACGAAGCAUCAAUGCAAGGUUAGACUACGGCCAGGACGAUCAGAAUGAAAAGGUUCUGUUGGAACAGGAACGUGGACCUAGGGUCAUGGUUCUUGGCCCAGCCAAUUCCGGAAAGAGCACGAUGAUCAAAGGGCUCUUGAACUUGGCUGUCGGGAGUGGGAUGGGAUGGUCGCCUGGCGUAAUCGGUCUUGACCCAGGAACGUCGAACCACUUGGUACCAGGAUCGGUGUCAUUAUCCUCGCCAACUCAAGCUGUACCGACGCAUCACCCUUCCCACCCUCUGGGAUCCCCGCCCACGACGGCAGCGGCCAUGACCCUCGCCUCCGAUGUUCCCACGCUAGGCUGGUUCGUCGGUAGCUCGGAAAUGAACACGAGUGGGAUGGGCAAGAUGUGUUUCCCUCUAUGGAGGAACGUUGUUGACAUUAUGGCUGCUAGCUGGAGAUCGAGAUGCCAGACGGAUGAGAUCGUCCGAACGUCUGGUCUGUUGAUCGAUACGCCCACGGCUCUCAUUCAGCCUACAUUGGGAGCGGGCAAAGGCGACAAGACUCGUCACGGUCUAGUCUUGCAGAUCGCUGCUGCGUUCGAAGUCGAUGUCGUCAUAGUCAUCGGACACGAAAAGCUUACGAUCGAGAUGCAAAAGCUCUUGAGCGGCUAUGGCGUUUCGGUGAUCAGUGCACCAAAGUCGAGCGGAGUAGUCGACCUGGACGACCUAUACCGAUCCCGCAUCCGUGCCCAACAGAUCAAAACCUAUUUCUACGGAGAACCGGCCUUACCACCGACCUUGAUCAACCUGCCGGGUCGUGUCGCUGCAGUGGAGACAGGUCUACAUCCGUACUCUUUUACGAUCCCAUGGGACGAACUAGAGAUCUACAGAGUAGGAGAAGAAUCCGCCGCACCCUCGUCGGCCUUGCCAAUCGGAAAGCAGCGGAUAUUAUCAGCAACCAGGCUGACACGGGUGAAUCCUGCCGCAUCCCCCAACAUUCACCGGCUUCAAAACGCUAUUCUGGGCUUGGUGAUAGUUUCAGAUGAGGAUAAGCGCACAGACCUUCCGCCUAGGAAGGUCAAGGAGGUCAAGAAGGAGGAGACCAAACAAGAGGGAGAUGUCAAGGAGGGAGUUAAAGCUGAAGAAGGCGACGAGGAGGAGGAGGAGGAGGAGCCGAUCUGGAAGGAAGAGAUAGGAUGGCGGGAAGUUUGCGGUUUCUUGACCAUAACCAAGGUCGACACUGCCAAACGCAAGUUUGAGCUUUUGACACCGAGUCCGGGCAAAUUGCCCUCGCGAGUCGCCCUUGUCGGUAGCGUCGAAUGGAUCGAGGUCGACGACUAG